AUGAAAACCAAAGGUGUACCAAACUUUUCAAUAAGUAAAUCAGCAUAUAGAUCAGCUUCAAGCAAACAUACAAAAUGUAACAUUCAAGAAAGUGAAUUUAAAAAUUUAUAUAGUCCAUAUUGUAGCAAUUUAGAUUAUAAAAUCUCUAAAUUAUGGAAUUGCAUGGAUUCAAAACAAGAUGAAAUUUCAAGUGGGGCCAAUGUUUUGCUUUGUUUUAAUUUGCUGAUAAAAGAUAUCUUGGCAUUAUGUGGUCUUGAAGAAGAUCUUAAAAUUAAAACUGAAAUUUCAAUUACAAGUUUUAAAGAAGAUAUUUUGAUUAUCACUCACCAUGGUAUUCCGAAAGGAGAGAAUAUACCAAAAUUAAAUAUACUACUACACCAAAUUCAAGUUCCAGAAAAACUUCAAUUGGAUCCAAAAUUAUUAGUUUCACUUCAAAAUGCUCAUACUCAAGAUGUUGAGAGAUUCUUAUACGUAUCACCAGUAAUAAAAUAUAAUGAUUUUGAAAAUGGUGAAUCCGUAUUGGUUAAAUCACUUUGCACUGUAGUUAAAAAGAUGAUGCUUUCUCACGUUGAUCAAAGAUUACUAUUAAAUCAUACAUUUAUGAAAUUUGAUCAAAAUUCUUUUAAAUGGGUAACUUUAGUUUAUACAAUUGAGGAAUUCAAUAAAGAAGAAGACUACCAAGUAAUUUAUUUAAUUUCACUCUUGGGUUCAGGUGCUGAGGGUAAAGCAUGGUUAGCAAUAAACAAUCAAGCUAAAGCAUUUGUAAUCAAGUUUUUUAAAAAUAAAAGUCGAGAUAGUGCUAUCACAGAACAAACAAAUUGGUUGAAUAUUUGGGGUAUCAAAACAUUGGUUUCAAUGUUUAAUAAUGAGUAUUGUUUAUUGAUGCCAUUUUUUAAACCUAUUACCUCUAUCGAUUAUAAUAAAGAUAAAUUAAUGUUACAUGAAGAGAAAUUAAUGUUACAUGAAGAGAAAUUAAUGUUUUUUGAUUUAGGCAUGGUCGAACCAAUUGAAGAUAAAAUAGAAGCUUCAAAAAAAAUGUACAAAAAGGUAAUUAAAAGAAUUGAAAAUAUUAAAAGAUAUGAGAAAGAAAAAGAAGAGAUAGAAAAAGAAAAAGAAGAAAAAGAAAAAGAAAAAGAAAAAGAAAAAGAAAAAGAAAAAGAAAAAGAAAAAGAAAAAGAAAAAGAAAAAGAAAAAGAAAAAGAAACAAAUUUUAAUUUAUACAAUACAUUUAAAACACAAAUAUCACACUCUCAAGAAGAAGAGGAAAAAGAAGAAGAAAAAGAAGAAGAAGAAAAAGAAAAAGAAAAAGUUGCACCACCAAGAUCAAGAGGAAGACCAAAAAAAGCAACCACUACCACUGCCACUGAACCAACAAUUGUAAAUAAAAAAAGGGCAGCACCAACUGGAUUAUCAACAGCAGAUGAUGAAGAUAAAGAUGAAAAUGAAAAAUCAAAGAAAAGAGUCAACCAAUCAAAAAAGAUAAACAAAUAUUAG